UGCGCGUGAGCGCGUGCCCGACGCCUCUUCUCCUGCAGUAAGCGGCGCGCAUUCUGAUCUGCCGUUUAUCUCGCGCUGACACUGACACUUAAAGACUAAAAGACGGAGGAAAAAGAAGGAAAAAAGCAUUAAAACAUGUGGAAAUCUGUGGUGGGACAUGAUGUUAAUGUGAAGGUCGAAUCAGAGGGGGACGACUGGGAAACCGAUCCAAAUUUUGAGAACGAUGUGUCGGAGCAGGAGCAGAGAUGGGGUUCCAGGACCAUAGAAGGAUCCGGCCGAAAAGAACACAUCAGCAUUGCAGAUCUCAGGCAGAAUGUGUCUAAGGAACAUGAGGUGGUUAAGAAGAAAGAGAUGGACCAGGGCGCUAAGGCCUCUUACGGCUAUGGAGGGAAAUUUGGAGUUGAGAAAGACAGAAUGGACAAGGGUGCUUUAGGGCACAACUAUGUGGCGGAGGUAGAAAAGCACUCAUCCCAGAUAGAUGCAGCAAAGGGUUUCGGGGGGAAAUUUGGUGUACAGAAGGACCGUGUGGACAAGUCUGCCAUGAGCUAUGAGUAUAAGGGUGAGGUACAGCAGCAUGCAUCUCAGAAAGAUUAUGCUAAGGGUUUUGGUGGCAAGUAUGGUGUGCAGAAAGAGAGGGUUGACAAGGCCGCAGUGGGUUACGACUAUAAAGGCGAGACUGAGAAACACCAGUCACAGAAAGAUUACGCGAAAGGCUUCGGGGGGAAAUACGGAGUGGAAAAAGAAAAAGAGCAGAGCAAGUGUGAAGAGGAGGAAGAGAACCAGAGACCUCCACCUGUGCCAGCAUCCCACAAUCCCCCACCUGUGCCAGCAUCCCACAAACCCCCACCCCCGGCCGCAACCCCCAAACCCCCACCUGUGCCAGCAUCCCCCAAUCCCCCACCUGUGCCAGCAUCCCACAAACCCCCAGAGACAUUCAGAAAACUGCCUGAAAUUCCCAGAGAUGAACCAGAGGAAGAAGCUCAGCCACCUCACUGUCACAGCCUCAUCACUGUUUUAGCCGCCUCACUGUUACAGCUACCUCACUGUUACAGCCUCCUCACUGUUAUAGCCGCCUCACUGUUACAGCUGUCUCAGUGUUACAGCUACCUCACUGUUACAGCCGCCUAA